AUGACUGAGUGACAGCUCUGCUUCUCAGUUCCUGCUGUGCGGUGUGACAGUGACAGACAGAAGUGGCCAGGAUCUACAAAAGUCCCUGGUCCAGACAGCCCAAGAACCUGUAAACAAGGACCAGGUUCCAGAACUUCGGUGUGAAAGCGCCUGAUAAGAGUCAGACUACAAUACACGGGACCUGGUUACAACCCCAAUCGUCUAAGCGAUGGCUCACUGUUCCAAUGAGGAGACCCAGACCUCGCUCGCCGACCUCUUGGAGGACUACCUUAAGGAGCUCGAUGAUGAAGAGCUGAAGAUGUUUAAAUGGAAAUUGAGUCGCACAAAAUAUAAAGAGUUUAAGCCCCUUCCCAGGGGUCUGGUGAAGGGCCUGGAUAGAACAGACCUCGCCGAUAAGAUGAUAAGUUCCUACUGUGAAGUCGAUGCUCUCAAUGUCAUGCUUGAAAUCCUGAAGAAUAUGAACCUGAAUGAUCUUGCUCAGAGACUGAAUGAAGACCUGCAGAAGGCCACUAUCAUGUCAGAAAGACCAAAGCCCUCCAGUGCCCGAGGAAGAAAAAGAAAAAGAAGAGAGGAGGAAAAACAGGAAAAAGACAGAGGGGAGCUCAUGUCCAGCACGAUCAAAUGUAACCUGAAGCAGAAGUUUGAGCGUGUAUUUGAAGGGAAAGCUAAGGGAGGACUGCCAACACUUCUCAGUGAGAUUUACACAGAACUCUACAUAACUGAAGGUGGAACUGGAGGAGUCAAUGAUGAACAUGAAGUGAGACAGAUUGAAACAGCAUCCAAGAAAAGGCGAACAGAAGACACUACAGUCAAGUGCAAUGAUAUAUUUAAACCCUUAUGUGAGACACCUAUCAGAACUGUACUCACUAAAGGGGUGGCAGGUAUCGGGAAAACAGUCUCUGUGCAGAAAUUUAUUCUCGACUGGGCAGAAGGAAAAGCAAACCAGGAUGUUCACUUCAUAUUUGCUCUUCCUUUCCGGGACCUGAAUUUGAUUAAGUGUGAAUACAGUCUGAUUGAACUGCUUCACCGCUUUGUCCCAGAUCUUAUAUCACUUGAAUCCACUGAGCUGUUUAGGUACAAAGUCUUGUUCAUCUUUGAUGGUCUGGAUGAGUGUCGCCUUCCUCUGGAUUUUCAGAACAAUGAGGGCUGGUUUGAUGUAACAACGAAAAUGUCACUGGAUGUGCUGUUGACUAACCUCAUUAAGGGGAAUCUGCUUCCAUCCGCUCUCCUCUGGAUAACCUCCCGGCCAGCAGCAGCCAAUCAGAUACCUCCUGAGUGCCUCCACCGGGUGACAGAGAUACGAGGGUUCAGUGAUGCCCAGAAGGAGGAGUAUUUCAGGAGGAAAUUCAGUGAUGAGAGCCUGGCCAGCAGGAUUAUCACACAGGUGAAAUCAUCAAGGAGCCUCUUCAUCAUGUGCCACAUACCUGUGUUCUGCUGGAUUUCAGCCACUGUGCUUAAGAGGCUUUUUAGUGAGACUGACAGGGGAGAAAUUCCAAGGACUCUGACUGAAAUGUACACACACUUCCUGAUCUAUCAGACAAGUGUAAAAAAUGACAAGUAUAUGAAAAAUAAUGAAACCAAGCUUAAUGAAUUUCUUUUGAAACUUGGUAAACUGGCUUAUGACAACCUUGAGAAAGGCAAUCUCAUAUUUUAUGAGCAUGAUCUGACAGAGAAUGGCAUUAUUGUCAGUGAAGCUUUAGUUCACUCUGGAUUGUGCACAGAAGUCUUUAAAGAGGAAUAUGGGCUGUAUCAGGAGAAGGUGUACUGCUUUGUGCAUCUGAGCAUCCAGGAGUAUCUCGCUGCUUUAUAUGUGUUUCUAUCAAACUCGUCAGCUGACCUGCUGAAGAAUGCAGUGGAUCAGGCAUUAAAGAGCAAGAAUGGACACUUGGACCUCUACCUCCGCUUCCUCCUGGGCCUCUCAACACACUCCAGUAAGACUCUGUUACAAAGACUACUGGGACAGAGAGGAACCAGGUCACGUAACAUUCAGGAAACAGACCAACACUUACAUCCAACCAAUAUCUGUACCGACGUGUUCUAUUCAGGGCCAUGGAGGUUCAAAGCUUGUUCCCAAAGCAAUGAGUGCAUGGCAGAGAAUGACCCCGUAACGGGUUCCGACCUAGAAUGGGGUUCUGACUCAGAAUGGGGUUCUGACUCAGAAUGGGGUUCUGAUUCAGAAUCGGGUUCCAACCAUUCACCGGCCCAAUACAUCAAGUGGAAAGUCAAGAAGAAAUUAUCUCCAGAUAGAACCAUCAAUCUGUUCCACUGUCUGAAUGAACUGGGUGACAAUUCACUAGUAGAGGAAGUACAAAGAUACCUUCAUUCAGGGCAUCUUUCAGCAGAAGACCUCUCACCUGCACAGUACUCAGCUCUGGCCUUUGUGAUGCUGAUGUCAGAUGAGGAGCUGGAUGUGUUUGAUAUGAAGAAAUACAUCAGAUCAGAUAAAGAGCACAGGAGGCUGCUGCCUGUGGUCAAGAACUCCAGGACGGCUCUGCUGAAUGGCUGUGAUCUCAUAGAUAAACACUGUGAAAUGCUGACUUCAGCUCUAAGAUCAAACUCCUCACCCCUGAGAGAGCUGGACCUGAGUGACAAUGACCUGCAGGAUUCAGGAGUGAAGUUGCUCUCUGCUGGACUGGGGGAUUCACACUGUAAACUGGAGAUACUGAGGCUGUCAGGCUGUAGAGUCACAGAAGAAGGCUGUUCUUCCCUGGCUUCAGCUCUGAGGUCAAACCCCUCACACCUGAGAGAGCUGGAUCUGAGCUACAAUCACCCAGGAGACUCAGGAGUGAAGCUGCUCUCUGCUGUACUGGAGGAUCCCAGCUGUAAACUGGAGAAGCUGAAGGUGAACCGGUGUGAACUCACAGAGAAAUGCUGUGAGGUACUGAUUUCAGCUUUAAGAUCAAACUCCUCACCCCUGAGAGAGCUGGACUUGAGUGACAAUGACCUGCAGGAUUCAGGAGUGAAGCUGCUCUCUGCUGGACUGGGGGAUUCACACUGUAAACUGGAGAUACUGAGGCUGUCAGGCUGUAGAGUCACAGAAGAAGGCUGUUCUUCCCUGGCUUUAGCUCUGAGGUCAAACCCCUCACACCUGAGAGAGCUGGAUCUGAGCUACAAUCACCCAGGAGACUCAGGAGUGAAGCUGCUCUCUGCUGUACUGGAGGAUCCCAGCUGUAAACUGGAGAAGCUGAAUGUGGAUCAUGGUGGAGAGUGCAGGACCAGACCAGGCUUACAGAAAUACUCCUGCCAGCUGACGCUGGACCCCAACACAGCAAACAGACUCCUGUCUCUGUCAGGGGGGAACAGGAAGGUGACAGAGGGGGCAGAGUGGCAGCCAUAUCCUGAUCAUCCAGAGAGAUUUGAUGACUGGCCCCAAGUUCUGUGCAGAGAGAGUCUGACUGGCCGCUGUUACUGGGAGGCUGAGUGGGGUGGAUAUGAAGCCCGGAUAGGAGUCACUUAUAAAGGGAUCGGGAGGAAAGGAGUGAGUGACUGUCUGCUUGGAGUCAAUGACAAGUCAUGGUGUCUGUGCUGUGAUACUCACAGUUACUCUGUCCGGCACAAUAAUAAAUGGACUGACAUCCCCAUACGGCCCUCAGGCUCCCGCAGAGUAGGAGUGUAUCUGGACUGGGGGGCUGGUGCUCUGUCCUUCUACAGCGUCUCCUCUGAUGGACUGACCCCCCUGUACAGAUUCACCUCCUCAUUCACUGAGUCCCUCUAUCCAGGGUUUUUUGUUUCUGACUCCAUAGUGUCACUGUGAUGUGUUGCUGGUUCUCCUGGCAAAAAGGUCAAAUCUCUGCUUUUUAACCUUUAUAAUCCUUUUUACUCUCAAAUGUAUGUUUGACAGAAAUAUAGUUUUUCUCUCUGACUAAAAUAUAACUAAAUGUAAUCCUGAUUGGGGGGGGGGCUUUCCCCCUCCCCUGUAUAUGUACAUUUUAUAUAUUUACGCCUAUUUACUGUAUUUCCUCCCUGUAAAAUGACAAUAAAGUCUUUCUGUUCUGUCCUA